AUGGCGCUGUUUUCAGCAGCAGCAAAAGGAGACUUCCUGAAGAUACAAUCAUUAAUUGACUCGGAGGACAGAUCAGAGGGUUCGGGAGGAGUUGAUGUAAACUGCUCGGAUGUAUCUGGCAAGACGGCCCUCCACAUUGCUUCGGAAAACGGACAUUUGCAAACGGUUAAAUGCCUUACCAAUCAUGGAGCAAAGGUGAAUGCGGUCGAUGCUAAACUACAGACAUCGGUUCAUUUAUGCUCAAAAAAGGGCCAUAUUCGUGCGGUAGAGCUGUUGGUGAACGAAGGAGCAGAUAUUGAUGUUGGUGACACAGAUGGGUUUACAGCUCUUCACAUAGCAUCAUUGGAGGGUCAUCUUGAUAUUGUCAAAUACCUUGUUAGUAAAGGGGCAGACCUGGAGAGACUUGCUAUUGAUUACUGGACACCUCUACUCAUUGCUUUAGACGGUGGCCAUCUUGACAUUGCAGAGUACCUGUUGACAGAAGGAGCAAGCAUUAACACAUGUGUUAAAGGUGGAUAUACAGCUCUACAUAUUGCUUCAAAAACUGGUAAUAUUGAUGGGGUGAAAUAUCUAACCAGUCAAGGAGCAGAGCUGGAUAGGAGUACUGGCGAUGGUUGGACCGCACUUAGUUUGGCUUCAUUUGGGGGACGCCUUGACAUUGUCAAAGUUCUCGUUAACGAAGGGGCACAGCUUGACAAAUGUGACGGUACCGACAGGACACCCUUGUCUUGUGCUUCUCAAGAAGGUCAUCUUGAAGUCGUCGAGUAUAUCGUGAACAAAGGAGCAGGCAUUGAAAUUGGUGAUAAAGAUGGGCUAACGGCUCUUCACAUAGCAUCAUUAGCGGGUCAUCUUGAUAUCGUCGAAUAUCUUGUUAGGAAAGGAGCACAUCUUGACAAAUUCGUCGAGUAUAUCGUGAACAAAGGAGCAGACAUUGAAUUUGGUGAUGAAGAUGGGUUAACAACUCUCCAUAGAGCAUCAAUGAAGGGUCAUCUUGAUAUUGCCAUCUUGAAGUCGUCGAGUAUGUCGUGA